AUGCACCUUUCCGCCACUACACCCGUUCGGAAUGCCCUGAACUCGCUCCGUUCCGCGGCCGAAACUUUCUCCGCCCCGAAAAAACUAAACAUUAAUUCCGAGAUGUUCGCAACAGCACUACGACAAUCAACUCUAUACCCCGAGCCUUACGUGCCCUACGGUUUUAUCCCAGUGGCAACCCACUCCAAGCCUCUUCUUGCCCAUGUUCCAUAUACAAAAAUCAUAUAUAAGAACGACCUUUCAACCCAUUCCCGCACACAUACAUUUUUCCUCCAGAUCCAUAAAUCAACAUCUCGCACCCUACCGCACAACCUCGAGGGUAGCUAUAUUCUUCGCUCGGCUUUAAGCAGAUUUUGGCCAGAACCCCGACAGUCGCGUGUGUGCAUCCGAAUCGCAUUUUGCAAUAUACGUUAUAAACACAUCAUACCCAGGGAAUCUUUUUUUCAUACCUUUUCAUACCGGCACGCUAUAAGAGUUGUCGCAAUCUCAAACACGCUUUUCCUCCCCCCAUAG